AGGAAAUAGCGGGUGUGCAACAAGCAACUGUCCAGUUUAUUGAACAUGCUGCUGCUGGUAAUGAAAAAGACUUUCGUUACGUUUUAGUACCAUUCAAUGACCCAGGUAAGCCUUCUUUAGAGUUAAACAAAUCGAACUAAAACACCUUAGUAAGCAUUGUGGUCACUAGGCUUUUAGCCAGAGUCGUAAAAGAGGGCGUCCAAUUUUGGUACAACGAUACAUCUACAGUAAAGCGGGAGGUUCGAUAAAACAUUCCUCUGGAAAACCUUUGAAGUUUACGGCACUUCAUAUCAGUAACUGUUCCAAGCUUUUUCGAAAAUUUUCAGACACACUUGGCUUUGUGAUUACUGAGUUUGUGCGGUAUUGUACCGCUAUGCUUCUUUACUUAACUACGACAUUUUCAUUCAGCAAGGUAAACCAUCAAAUUGAUCAAAAUUGGUCAAAUGUAUAAUAAUAAUGAGAAUUGAAGCUAUUUUGUUUCAGAUAUGUUUAUAUAAUUAUGGAAAUAAUUUGAAAAUAAUUUCCCUUAUUCCCCAGAAUUUGGGCGUCCAAAGGCCUCCAUUUUUUGUUCUGGGAGCGUCCCAGCACGCCUGGACGCCCUUCUGGCUAAAAGCCUGGUGGUCACUACGUGUGCACUGACCUAAAUACCACAAAAACCUCUUCCAAUAAUAGUGUCCGAAUAUAUAUACACUGAAGAUUUUAUUUCAUUAUUAUGUUCAUAUACACACCUUUCGCUCUUACGCUAUAAUAUUCUACACAAGACACAGGCUCAUGUUUUCACUCCGGGUUCAGGGUAAGGUAAAUAAUAGCUUUAUUAGCAUGACUAUAAAUGUACAGUAUUGCUAAAGCGUAUAAAAGUUAUAACAAUUUAUAACAAUAUAUAGAGAACUAUGGUAAACUAGGAUUAUACAAUUUACAAAUUAGUAUAUGACUGUGCAAUAAUACUUAAUAGACUAACAUAACAUUAACGUUAAUAAGAAUACGAAGAAAGAAUGUAGACAAGUAUAAUAUUUACAAAUCAGGUGGUUAUUACAACGUAUGCUAACUAGCACUCCUGGUUUCAAGGUAUUUAAGCCUUUGUUCAAAACAUGAAUAAACAAAUUUUGACAGUUUAGUUAUGAUUUCACUAUCAGUUGACUUCAUUAAGUCAGCUGAUAGAGUUUGAGAGUUCAGUUUAAUCUCGUUAGAUGAGAAAUUCUCUAAAGAACGUCGGAGGUCUUCGCGAGAAUGCUCAUAGGCUUUGCAAAAGAGUAGGAAAUGGGUUUCGUUUUCCACCUCUCCUGAAUUACAGAUUUCACAUAAGCGUUCUUCUCGGGGUGUAUUUAGGUAUCGCCCGAUCUCAAUUUGGAGGUUAUGGCUGCUAACUCUAAAACGUGAAAGACAUUUUCUCUUGUAUGGGUCUUUUAUAAGUAUUAAGUAUUUUUCGAGGUUGUGGUCCGUUUUGAAUGUUGAAUAGAAAGUUAAUUUGGAUGAAUUUUCAAGUUUAUGUUUCCAGAAUGCCAAGUAUUUUUCCUCAAGGGUUUUGGUAAUAGCUUCAAUAUGUUCAGACGCUACGGCUUCCAGAUUAGGGAUUUCUUCAUUUAGGUUUAAAUUUUUUAUUGUAUCCAUUGCAUUUCCGUAAAACGAAGUUUUCUGCCUAGAGUAGAGAUCAUUCGAGAUUCGAAAUGCUUGCUUUGCAAUGGCUGUUUCGGGAAGUGAGUUUAAGUGAGUGAUGUAUUUGAAGACCCUUUUGAAUACAUUGAUAAUAAGAGGGAGUUUUCCAAGCUCAGCUCUAGAAGCCAUGUUAAUAUAAUCAUGUUUUGAAAUAUCUAGAAGCAAUCCGCGUUAAUUUGAUGUCGCGUUAAUGUAUGUGGCGUUAAUAAAGUGCAUCGUUAAUUUCCUAUAAUAAGGUAUCUUCUGGAGAUAACUUCGUUACUUGCUUGGGUUUCAUAGCAAUAUAUUUUGGUAUGUCACAAUAAACAUGUUUAAACUUCGCAAAUGUUGUGUCAUUAUGCGUUUCUAAGUCCUUAGGCGACAAGGAGAUGAUUAAAGAAUAGGCGAAAAAAAAUUUACAUAACUAUGUGUAUCCCAAUUGAUAGAUAUGGAUUAUUUAUUACGCAGGUGUAUGCCUUAAAAUCAGGCGCGAGACUUUGCAGGUAUAAAUAUAAGGCACAAAUUCAGUUUGCAGCGUAAUUGUAAAGUUAGCGAAUUGUAACGUACAUAAAUUCGAAGUAGAGGGUGUGUUAGAAUGUUCUACAUGGUGGAAUAAUAUCCUCUCGCUUUAUUGAUUUGUUCAACACAACUUAGGCUCAGAGCUGGUCCAACAGUCUGGAGCCGAGAUCGAAUGGUUCUGAGCCGAGAUCGAAUGGUUCGGAGCCGAGAUCGAAAGGCUCGGAAUCCUUAUCUUUAUCUUUAUCUUCCUUAACUUUACCUUCCUUAUCUUCCUUAUCUUUAUCUUCGUAUCUUCCUUAUCUUUAUCUUUUUAUCGUCCUUAUCUUUAUCCUCUUAUCUCCCUUAUUUUUAUCUUCUUACCUUCCUUAUCCUUAUCUGUAUCUUCUUAUCUUCCUUAUCCUUAUCUUUAACUUCUUAUCUUCCUUAUCCUUAUCUUUAUCUUCUUAUCUUCCUUAUCAUUAUCUUCUUAUCUUCUUAUCUUCUUAUCUUCCUUAUCCUUAUCUUUAUCUUCUUAUCUUCCUUAUCUUUAUCUUCUUAUCUUCCUUAUUCUUAUCCUUAUCGUUAUCUUCUUAUCUUCCUUAUCCUUAUCUUUAUCUUCUUAUCUUCCUUAUCUUCUUAUCUUCCUUAUCCGCAUCUUUAUCUUCUUAUAUUCCUUAUAUUUAUCUUCUUAUCUUCAUUAUCCUUAUCUUUAUCUUUUUAUCUUCCUUUUAUUUAUCUUCUUAUCUUCCUUAUCCUCAUCUUUUUUUCUUAUCAUGGUUCCGAACCAAGCCCUAACGGCUCGAAGCCGAGCUCGAAUGGCUCGGUGUCGAGCUCGAAUGGCUCGGUGUCGAGCUCGAAUGGCUCGGAGCAGAGCUCGAAUAGCUCGAUGUCGAGCCACGAUAAGAAGAUAAAGAUAAGGAUAUGAAUGAUAGGAAGAAAAAGAUGAGUAUAAGGAAGAUAAGAAGACAAAGAUAAGGAUAAGGAAGUUACGAAGAUAAAGAUAAGGAAGAUAAGAAGAAAAAGAUAAGGAUAAGGAAGAUAAGAAGAUAAAUAUAACGAUAACGAUAAGGAUAAGGAAGAUAAAAUUACGGAAGAUAAGAAGAUAAAGAUAAGGAUAAGGAAGAUAAAAAGAUGAAGAUAAGGAUAAGGAAGAUAAGAAGAUAAAGAUAAGGAUAAGGAAGCUAAGACGAUAAAGAUAAGGAAUAUAAGAAGAUAAAAAUAUGGAAGAUAAGAAGGUAAAGAUAAUGGUAAGGGUAAGAAAAAUAAGAAGAUAAAGAUGAGGAUAAGAAUAAGCAUAAGGAAGAUAAGAAGAUAAAAAUAAGGAAGAUAAAAAGAUAAAGAAAAGGAUAAGGAAGACAAGAAGAUCAAAAUAUGGAAGAUAAGAAGAUAAGGAUAAGGAAGAUAAAAAGAUAAAGAAAAGGAUAAGGAAGAAAAGAAGAUAAAAAUAAGGAAGAUAAGGAGAUAAAGAUAAGGAAGAUAAAAAUAAGGAAUAUAAGAAGAUAAGAUAAGGAAGAUAAGGAAGGUAAAGAUAAGGAAGAUAAAGAUAAAGAUAUGGAUUCCAUGCAAUCAUAUCUCGGCUCCGAGCCGUGCGGCCAGCUCCGAGCCUAAGUUGUGUUGAACAAAUCAAUAUUGCGAGAGGUUAUUAUUCCACCAUGUAGCUAGAACAUUCCAACACAGCCUCUACUUCGAAUUUAUCUACGUUACAAUUAGCUUACUUUACAAUUAUGCUGCAAACUGAAUUUUUGCCUAAUAUUUAUACCCGCAAAGCCUCGCGCCUGAUUUUAAGGCAUACACCUGCGUAUUAAAUAAUCCCUAUCUAUCCAUUGGGAUACACAUAGUUUGUAAAGUUUUGUUCGCCUAAUACUUUAAUCAUCCCCUUGUCGCCUAAGGAUUUAUGGCAAGACAUGAUGACACAACAUUUGCAAAGUUUAAAACAUGUUUAUUGCGACAUACCAAAAAAUAUUCCUAUGAAACCCAAGCAAGUAGCAAAGUUCUCUCCAGAAGAUAGACAAGAAUACGAGAACUCAUUAAAAAUAAAAAGCACUCUACUUAGAAGUAGACCGUACUAAAUUUUCUAGAACGUGUUGAAGAAAUAAAUGCAUUUUAAAACUGGAAUUUUGUACAACUGCAAAGCACGCACUUACCCACCCGCCCGCGCAAUUUGCCUUACCCCCCAGCCUAAUUAGUGGACAAAUAUUUUGUACUUUAAUAUAUACAUGCACCCAAGCGUCGCUAAAUAAUGACUGGCAACACAUAGCAACGUACAUGACGACCGCAUAUUUGAUAAAAAAUUUGAAAAUAUAUUAAAACUGCAUUAAAAGUUUUUUCCUUCAAGUAUUCUUGAUAAUCUUUCUUAUGAUCUGAAUCGGGCAUCUUAACAAUAUAUAUGUAUUUUUCUGUGGUGGUGUUGUGUACUCAGGUGAAUAAUAUGUUUGCGAUGUUACUCUGAGUGCAUAUCCACACCGGGCGAGCUUGAAAAAUAUGCCCGGCCACGGUGGGAUUCGAACCUACGACCUUUGGAAUACUAGCCCAACGCUCUUCCAACUGAGCUACGCGGUCAGGACGGUUCGAGUAAGUGAUAUUUCGGAACAGCAUCUAGUUCCUUCAAUACCAAUGUGUUCUAGUAAUAUGAAUUUUUCUGUGGUGGUGUUGUGUACUCAGGUGAAUAAUGUGUUUGCGAUGUUACUCUGAGUGCAUAUCCACACCGGGCGAGCUUGAAAAAUAUGCCCGGCCACGGUGGGAUUCGAACCUACGACCUUUGGAAUACUAGCCCAACGCUCUUCCAACUGAGCUACGCGGUCAGGACGGUUCGAGUAAGUGAUAUUUCGGAACAGAAUCUAGUUCCUUCAAUAACAAUGUGUUCUAGUAAUAUGAAUUUUUCUGUGGUGGUGUUGUGUACCAGGUGAAUAAUAUGUUUGCGAUGUUACUCUGAGUGCAUAUCCACACCGGGCGAGCUUGAAAAAUAUGCCCGGCCACGGUGGGAUUCGAACCUACGACCUUUGGAAUACUAGCCCAUUGCUCUUAUGCAAUACUAGCCCAAUGUUCACCUGAGUACACAACACCACCACAGAAAAAUUCAUAUUACUAGAACACAUUGGUAUUGAAGGAACUAGAUGCUGUUCCAAAAUAUCACUUACUCGAACCGUCCUGACCGCGUAGCUCAGUUGGAAGAGCAUUGGGCUAGUAUUCCAAAGGUCGUAGGUUCGAAUCCCACCGUGGCUGGGCAUAUUUUUCAAGCUCGUCCGGUGUGGAUAUGCACUCAGAGUAACAUCGCAAACAUAUUAUUCACCUGAGUACACAACACCACCACAGAAAAAUUCAUAUUACUAGAACACAUUGGUAUUGAAGGAACUAGAUACUGUUCCGAAAUAUCACUUACUCGAACCGUCCUGACCGCGUAGCUCAGUUGGAAGAGCAUUGGGCUAGUAUUCCAAAGGUCGUAGGUUCGAAUCCCACCGUGGCCGGGCAUAUUUUUCAAGCUCGCCCGGUGUGGAUAUGCACUCAGAGUAACAUCGCAAACAUAUUAUUCACCUGAGUACACAACACCAACACAGAAAAAUUCAGAAUGUAUAGUCUUUUUGCCCUGUUGUACCGCCAUCUUGGAUUUAUCAUGUAGGCCCCGCCUGCGCUAGAUAUGCGUUAGCAAUCUAGAUCUCCUCUAUCUAUGGUCCCUACCAUAGAUAUCUUAUAUACACUAGAAAGCGCAUCUCUUUUAGUAAAAUUGAAGCCAAGAAUAUUCCAGCGGUUACCCCCAUUUGAAUAGAUGGCGGCCAUGUUGGAGUUUCCCACUCGCUAAUAAACGCUUAAAAAACAACAAUAACUUUCAUCAUUUGAAUAGUUUGAAAAUGUAUUUGGAAUAGAUUUAACUUAAUGUUUAAGUUCCCUGUUUAAGAAAUAGAAAACAUACGAGUCUUCUCAUUUCAUGGCAAUAUCCUGAGUCUGCAAUCACGGCUUCAGUUUUUGAAUUGCAGAAUAAUUAGAUGACUAUCUAGUGUAUGUAAGAUAUCUAUGGUCCCUACGGUGAAAAGUAUGCUCUGGGGAAUAUGUAAAUUUUGUCUGCCUCUGUUAAAGCUCUCAACCGUACUCGUUGUUCGUUGUCGGCAUCUUAAACUCUCUAAUUUUUCUUACACUGGGACGUCCGAAGGGAUGAUCCCACACUUUGCCCCGUGGAUGGGCAAAGUGUGGGAUUUUAUUCUGGAACGACCCUAAACACAGUACAAAACGUUUUGUUAAACUGAAAACAGUAUGUUUUCCACUUAAGGCAUUUCAUGCCAGCUCUUUAUCUUUUCAGAUAUUAUUCAUGUUGGUGAUGAACCCAAGGUUAUAACGCUAAAGAAAAAGAUAAUCCUUAGUUACUCAUAUAAGUUAACGACUUUAAACUUUCUGGUCGUCCAAGCACAUACACAGUACCGCAAUCUAUCACUUUCAACUCGUUAUGGCAGAGAGACAAACACCAACUCUGAUACAGCCAUUUUAGGAAUCGUUUCUUAUCCUUGGCGAUCAACCACCACUCUCAUACACCAAAUGAAGGAAGCUUUCCAUACUUUGGAUUACGUUCUCAGUCCUCCAAGUGGUACCAACGUUGAGGCAUUAGUGGCUGUUGUAACGUCCAGUGGAAAAGGUAUGUAUUGUAUGAGGGUGGUCACCUUGAUUGUAUGUCUGAGGCUCGAGGCAACAGACAGGUACAGUCAAUUUACAGUCAGAGAAGGAAUGAGGGUCUUCCCGAAAUGCAACUCGUAAAUCAGUGCGGCUCAUUAUUAUUCAAGUUAUUUAUUCUCAACGCGUUCGAUUAUUAACUGUUGAAAUAUAUUGCGAUUUUUGCUGUGAAGAUCUCGUUUUCUCAAAAGGUAUGUUUUGAUAACUUUUUUGUUUAGUAAUUUAAUAAAAGAAGUUUUGAAUAAUUUUGUAUAUAUAUCGCAUUUUACUUAUGUCAAAUUCCCUUUGUAUUUAUGCAUGUUUUGGGUCAAUGAACAUGACCUUCAAAGUGGCAUUGAAAUAUUCACGAGUAAAUUGUACUUUUUUACAAGGAAACUAAAAUAAAAUUACAUGAGUGAAUUCAGGAAUGUUUACUCUUUAUAAUGAUACUUUAAAACAUGAAUUUACUCCAUAACACCGAAGAGUUAUCGCGGUUUGAAAAUGAGCUAUUUUUGCUAUAUUCUAUAAUAGCAAAAAAAAUAGCUCAUUUUCAAACCGUGAUAGCUCUUCGGUGUUAUGGAGUAAAUUCAUGUUUUAAAGUAUCAUUAUGAAGAGUAAACAUUCCUGAAUUGACUCAUGUAAUUUUAUUUUAUUUUAGUUUCCUUGUAAAAAAAGUACAAUUUACUCGUGAAUAUUUCAAUGCCACUUUGAAGGUCAUGUUCAUUGACCCAAAACAUGUAUAAAUACAAUGGGAAUUUAACAUAAGUAAAAUGCGAUAUAUAUACAAAAUUAUUCAAAACUUCUUUUAUUAAAUUACUAAACAAAAAAGCUAUCAAAACAUACCUUUUGAGAAAACGAGAUCUUCACAGCAAAAAUCGCAAUAUGUUUCAACAGUUUUUAAUCGAACGACGCGUUGAGAAUAAAUAUCUUGAAUAAUAAUGAGCCGCACUGAUUUACGCGUUGCAUUUCGGGAAGACCCUCAUUCCUCCUCUGAUUUGCAGUCAAGUCAAUUUAUCUACCACAUAAUCCCCAAAUAUGCUUUUUGUAUAUGUAAUAUCUGGGUCAUUCUAAGAAAAAUUGUAAUCUAUUUUUAUAGUAAAAACGUCCUCUUGAUCAAAGUUGUCGGAUGUGAUAUCAUUAGAUGAAUUGCAAAUUAGUUUCCUUUUUUGUUCCAAAAGUUCAUCUAAUGACAUAAUAUCUGGAAACUUUGAGAACUUUAAGAUUAGGAUUUUCAGUAUAAAAAUAUUAUUUUUUUAUGGAAUGAUCCAAAUAUUGCACUUAAAGCAGUUAGGGGCACCUUAGCACAGGACACUUACGACCAAAACGACAAGGAGCGACCAAAAACGACUCACAGGUUUUGGUCUAGUUUUGGUCACAAAAUCAUACUAGAUUGGUAGAUUUUAAAAUGCAUCUGGUUGGUUAAUGGUCCCGGAUUAAUAGUACAGUAGUGGUGGAGCUCUGAAGAGAUUUGCGCGCUUCCAAAUAUUCCACUAUAUAACAGCGCUGAGAUCGUGGACGUGGGUCACGUUUGAGAUCGUGGGUUUGAUUCACGCCAUCGACUCGUGUAUGGACUCAUGUGAAAAGAGUCUGUCAACGCUCUGCCGAAAGUCGUGGUUUUCUUCGGCGCUCCAGUUUUCUCCCACAGGGGAAGCUGACAGGGUGGGUUGGGAUAAACAUAGUUAGGAAGGUAAUAUCACAAUGAGAAAUGAGCCGAAUAAUUUUAAUCAUAAUCAUAAAACCUCAUAAGGAGCUUACACAUUUUUUACACAUUUGUAAAAUACAUUUGUUGCUCUUGGUCGUAACAUGAAAUCACCAUGCUUCUACAUGAUGCAUUCUCCAUGUUUUCCUUCAAUGCAGACGCAUGUACGCUUUUCGGACCUGUUUUUAAAUAUGAUUUAUCUUUCAGCUCCAAUACCAGGCGGAUGCUGUCUUACAUGUACUAUGGCGAUCGAUCCGAAUCUAAUUAUUACAAGCAAACAAUACUACAAGAGCACUUUGACAUUUCCUUUGGCAAACGUCUAUGAUUACAAUACUUCAGACUGCAGCGGCCAACAAGAAUCCAAUCCACACCAUUAUCGCUUACAAUACGCCAUUUACCAGUAUUUUUUGGAAGAGGGAAAUCUGAAGAAUGAUGAGUUAUUUGAUGGGAUUUCGAAAAUGUUGACGCCUGCUAAAGUUAAAGAAAAUGGAAAGAAGGUAUACUCUUAUCUCUCUCCUCGGCAGAGGUUUCCCUGCAUGCAUUUAUAUUUAAAAUUUUACGUGUUUUAAAUAGAGAUUUACAGUAAGAUGGCAAGAUUUUCUCAUCUUUAUUAUAUAUUAUGUGUACAACGAUUUCUGCUGCAAUAUAUCUCGCUGAGUUCUCUGGCCGUAGCAUAUUUGAUAUUUCUCGAAUAAUAAUAUAUCACGUACUGGCAAACGCAGGAAUUAUCCUGACCCGAUCUAUUGCAUCAUUCCGUUUCCGAUGCGUUAUAAAUAUUAGGAAAACAGAAGUAGUUUUAUACAUUUCGCCUUAACAAUUAGUAACAAUCUGAAGCUGUAAACGUGACAACAUCAAAAUAACUCAUCUGAUUGUAUUCAUCAAUGUCAUAGUAUCUAAUUUGUUGAAAACACGUGCAAAUACUUGAGCAAAAUUUCGUUGACUAUUUUAGCAGGUUCCGGGGUGUUCCGGGUGGGGUCCGAUAGUCUCCGCGGUACUCGAAUUGGGUGAAUUGGAAUAAGCCCCAAACUGACCCUUUCACUACCUUAACUGUGCUUUUUCAUAAGAUGGCUGCCGUAGACACCCUCAGAAAGCCUUCGACUCGAUCCGGAUCUUAGCUCUCAGCUGAAAGUAAGUAUGGUUAGCACACCCCUACAGUACCUUCUUAUACUUAAAAGUUUUUGUAUGUUUUCUGGUGUAUAUAAUAUCACAUCCAAUAAUGUUGAAAUUAAUUCAGACUAUGCAUUCGUCUGUUUGAGAUCAACAAUUAUACAGUAUCACACAACCCAGUCUCCUGGCUUAUUGAAUUCUAAAGGAUACUCUAGCUAUCAGUUCUAAUUUUCAGAUGAGUGGUUUUUAGGCCACUGUAUUUUGCUAAGUCUAUUAGCUUUCCCCUUUGUAUUACAUAAGGCGUCUUCUCUAAUAAACCCUCCCAAAACGUGCGUAUAAUAGGAUUAAUAGAUGAUUUGUUUGAUCUGCACAUGAUUUUAAACUACAUUGAUUUUGUCGUAUAGAUUCGUGAUUGGAAUCCCCAAGUAGAUGCACCUUCCAUCGAAUUUGACACAAAACGAGGUCAAGGGAUGGUAUUUAAUAUUCUCGUGUUUGAUCCAUUAACGAACGUUGAAUCAGUUUAUUCACCUGUGGUAACAUACGGUUGUAGUUUUACUGCCAAAGUCGAUGGAUGCGAUUCACUUGGUAUGUUUCAUUUCACAAUAAAUGUACAUAACUAUAGGCUUCACAGAAAAUGCGCAUCACUUUGUUUUGUAGACAUGCCCCUUGCAAGUGCCGAUUUUUUAUGCAUUAUAGUGCGAAUGACAUGACGUAGCUCGCGAGGAAUGGGGAAAUAGGGACGUGUCAAUAUUAGACUCAGAUAUUGUGCCGAAAUAAUUUGUCUAGUUUUUCAUCUGGUUUUAUUCGCUUUUUUAGUUUUGUUUAGUUCUCUAUUCGGAACAUUGUGCUUCUCAUUUUCUGUUCAGUUUUGAGCAGGUAAAUUUAUUAGGAAUUUAUUGUGUCGCGUUUGUUCCGGUCCAAGUCCGUUACAAGUCGCUCUUGGGGGGCUACGUCAUGUUAUUCACAGUAUAGUGGAUCAGAGAAAAACAGGAGCCUCCAUAUGUUUUGUGGAAUUACUACAGGUAACUUUGAUAGAUAGAAAAUUCAGGUUUUUCUUAAACUGAAUGGAAUAACAUGGUUGUAAUUUAUCGAAAUCUAAUGAGCAUGUGAUAGGUAUGGUAAAGAAUUGGUUAUUUUGAGCAAUCAAAUAUCAAUGGUUUAUAAUGGUGAGGUACUGUAGCUAUUUUAGGUAUAGUAAUCCACUGAGCUCAAACUGGAUAGUGCAUCUGCUUCAGAGUCGUACACUUCAGGGUCGUUGCUAUAUAGUUUAUAUUAAAGGUAGAAUUCCCGCCGCCAACAUAUAAACAAUGAAAUACGCCUACUUUCGCUCUUGUCAAGUCGGCUCCGCCUUUGCAUAAACAUUACUUAUAUCCAAUUGAAUUUAUCCAAUAGGAACACUGAUCUGAAAUAGGACUGGAUAACGCAUCUAUAGUAUACAAAAGUGAAGCCGGAAGUCACCGGCCGCCACCCGAUUCUGGGGUCCCACUUUUGUAUAGAUUUGUAUUACAGAUGGUAGUUUUUCGCAUUUUUUGCCUUGGCUACGUUUCUGACCGGGCCAAUUUUACAAUCACAAAGAUAGAAGCAUACAAGAAGAAUUUUGAGCAAAACAUUUGGAGGACCAUGGCUUUAUAACCCGCGAAACAGGAUUUACAAUUUUGAAGGAGUGGAGAGCCUCAGACUUUGUUUAUGUGAAUAAAUAUCUACAGUUUUUAGAGUUAAUAGAUUUAUAACCAGUGUAAGUUGAGCUUGCAACCAACGUGACGUCAUAAAUUAGCGGACAUAUUCACACUCAUUUACAUAUCAAACAAAUUGAAAUAUCUCGGGAACAAACCAUAAGAACAAAAAACUGAAAAAUAAGUUACACUACAGCUUAAAGAGUUCUUUCGUUUAAGAAAAUAAGAAAUUUCAUGUCAUAUGCACUUUAAUCUGCUGUUUUAGUUUAUAUUUUUCUGUACGUCUGUUUAUUUCGAAAUUUCAGAGAAGUAAACUCCAAUCGAUCCAGACAAGAUCUCUGAAGAAAUAUUUCCAAAUUUAUAGACAAGCUGUCAGGAAGUUUGCUUUGAAUUUUACAUUAACCUAGGGUUAACCUAACUAACCCAGCUUUUAACAAACGGUCCCUGAUAACUAGGUUUAUGAGGCCAACACUCUUGAUCUGUUUGACUUUUUAACCACCCCAUUGCCACAGCCUAUUUUUCACUAUCUUCUCUGCUUAUCGGAACCACCGUUAAUACUUUACUGAGUAAUUACUGCUCUUUAGCAACUUUCACAUUUAGGCUUCUCAAAUUCUAUAACUUUUAGCAUAAUUUUUGUUCUAGGGUCAAUUGCAAAUCUUGUUCUUGCAUCAUGUGGCUCUCUCUUUGGUCUGUUUAUCUGCUUCUUUGGUCUGCGAUUCUAUAUAUUAUGUAAGUUUACGAUCGUUUGUGUGGAUGUAUUUGCACGAAACAUACUGAAAAUGUUGGAAUUAUAUUACCAAUAACCAGUGGCGUAGCCAGCCCGACGAUUUAGUCCCGAUAUGCAAAUGUUUUUGUGUUCAAUGACUGUGAAAACUAAAGAAAUGAAUAAUGAUAAUAAUUUUGAAUUUCCAUAGCGGGACUAAAUAGUCGGGCUGGCUACGCCACUGCCAAUAACUGUUUUAAGGCAACUUAUUAUAGUUAUUGCUUCCACUAUAAUUGAAUGCAUGUAUCUUCGACAUGCAAUUAGACUUUAUUUUGAUCAAUGUUAUAUUUGAUCAAGAUCGUGACAUAAAUGCUUAAUGAAUUUCCAUAUUUUAUACUAAUGAUUUUCGGUAGUUAAGUUGAUUUAAAGGAUUCGUAUCACACCGGGAAUUCGCGGGCUCAAACUCAUGCUGGCGGCCAUUUUUCGGGACGAAUAGAUUAGAUGAUCUGGAAAGUGUGUACAAUCCGUCAUAUAUUUAAACCAUCCUUUUAUAAUACUUGUGAUUUUUAUCAGAAAUGUACCAAACAAGGUAUUUUUAUCGCUAUUUGUUGUAUUUACGUAAAAUGUAAACAAUAAUAAAAGCCCGCAAUGCGUGACCUUGACACUAAUCCUUUAAGUUGAUCUUACUAUUUAGAGAUGCGUUGCGAAUGUAUUUGUUUUUACCCCCGCAUGGUUUUGACCCCAGAGGGCCGAAACCCAUGGAGGCAUAUAUAGAAGUCCCCGCGCGUAUAUGUAUAUGUGCAUAUACAGCUAUUUCAAUUAAGGUUGUCCCCCCGAGCAAAGCGGGGGAAUCGCUAAUAAAUUAAUGAAUUUAUUAGCGAUUCCCAGCAGCCUUUCGCGCUCGUAUUCGACUUUUCCGCUUUGCUCGGGGGACAACCUUAAUUGAAAUAGCUGUAUGUUCGUAUUUUUAUUAUAUGACAAUGACGUGAUUUUACCAAAUAAGGUGAGAACAAAAUCUGAGAGCGGAUUACACGGUAAAAAGCCGUAUUGCCCUCGUCUAAACAGGUUUUUCCUGGUUAGGACGAAGCAAAAAUCCGACUUUUUUGAGUGACAAACGACUAUAGGUCAAAGCCGACUCCUCAGUGCCGGAUUAAACUAUAUGGCAGAAGCGGCAUAUGCCGCGGGCCCCGCGCUUACUCUCUUCUAUUUUUCUCCGAAAUUUUUGUUCCCUGUUUCAGCGCGAGGCCCAAACAGUGCGCCAGUGCGGGGCCCCAAAGAGCCUAAAUCCCCCAGAAAACGCGAGGCCCCAAAAAAGCGGGGUCCCAAACGUCUUUUGUUGCUUGUUUCAGCGCGGUGGAUCAAAGAACCCAAGGUCCCCCAGAAAACGUCGGGCCCAAAAAUUUAAAAAGUCGAGGUCCCAAAGAGCCGGCCCCAAACAGUAUUUUUGUUCCUGUUUCAGCGUGUGAUCCAAACAGUGCAUGCAGGGCCCCACAGAGACCAAGGCCCCCAAAGGCGAACCCCCCACCAAAAAAAAAAAAAAUAACAAACGCGAGGCCCUAAAAUUUAAAAAGCGAGGCUCCAAAAACACGGCCACGAACAAAAUUUUUUGUUCCUUCCUUGGGCAACAGGCUCCAAAAAGCGAGGCCUAAAAAAUCAUAGGGGUCAGAAAUUUCAAAAUUUGCAGUAAACUGUUCAAUACUAAAAGAUUGCUGAAUUUUAUGGAAGACGGCAGAAGUUUAUAUGGACGCUAUCAUGGUUAGCUAUUUCCCCGUGUAAAUAAUAAUACUGUUAAUGGUAUAAACUGGGUUAAAUUUCAAAUUUGUUUUUGUAAAUACACAAAAAACUUUUCGCAUGCAUGAAAUACAUAUAUGUUAUUUACCGGCUGCGAGGUCCGUACUGAAAAAAUAUUUUCCCGAGGUCUCAGAAGCGGCCCGAGGCUGAAGGCCGAGGAUGACUGUCAUUAGCUGACAAACUGCUAAAACGACGCGAUAAAAGCUGGUUAAAAAGCUUUCAGUUUCAUUGCAAUAGAAUGCUUUUCUACUCAUGCAACAAGAAAACAGAAGGUAAACAAAGUAAAAAUAUUUAUUUUCCGAUUCAUUUUACAGCAUGGACAUGGUUGAAAAAUGCUUUUUGACAGAAAAAUACAAAUUUUAGUUGCCAAAAAACAAUUUGUUCAUUGCAUUACAACAUUUAUAAAAACAAUUUUGACCGAAAUAAGCCCAGGAAUCGUCCUUAAACUGUCAUUUAAGGUAUUUUUUUAAUUUUUAUGUUUAAAGACAAGUCAGUACGUUGUACUAUUUAUAUUUAUACGUAUAUUUUCGAAGAAUGGCUGAUUAUAUGUGGAACAUUUGAAUCAAAACAUGUAGCACUGGCCAGUGUUUUUCGAUGUUUAUAUUUGGGGGUUUUUCCCGGUUUAGUCGGAGAAAACUACAUUCGGGCUUGGCACUAAGUCCACUGAAGAAAUUCACUGUAUUUUACUGUCUUUAGAAAAGAUAGGGUGGAUUUUUAAACUUUUUGGGUGGUGUUUUGAGUUUGAAAAUUGUCUUCACUCCUCGGUUUGUCGCUAAAAAAUAACACUUUUGGACCACGGUCAAGAUAUUGUAAAAAGCUGCCCGCUGCUGCAGCCAAUCAGAAAAUAUCACUAGGCAUGCACAAAUAAAAAAAUAAAAAAGGAUAUUUUUUAAUCUUAAUACUGGUCAUGAAUUUAGCGUCUAAAAUGCCUUUGGGCGGUUUUGCGGGGAGGGGGGUCAAGAGGCCCCGCGCCAAUAAUAUGCCACGGGCCCCGCGGAACGUUAAUAAAAUAACGCUAUAAAACUGCAAGAGUAAAACAGCAAACUUGCGAGCAGUUUGAGGUAUUUAUUUUUAAAUUUGUUGAGCAAAAAUGCUUUUAACAAAAGCUCUAGCUUCUAAAUGUAUUUCAAAAACUAUUUAACGAAAACAAAUUAUGACAACUUACUUGAACAUUUUUGAAGUAAUUGGACCGUUUGGACGUAAAAUAUUAGGCUUGUACAAAGCCGCAGCUUUCUUUUUGGACAGUUGUUUUUGUCUUUUUGAAGCCGUCGAAUGAAAACUGAAAAAACUUGUUUUGUUGUUGUUCUCGUUUCGUUUGAAAUAAUUCGCCGUUUUUAACGCCAAAUACAUUCAAAUCCUUCCAAAAAAAGACAUUUUUAUUCAGCUAAAAAAGCAUUAUUAUUCAGCUCACUCCCCAUUGGGGCUUUUCUUGAGUGACCAUGAUCAAUUACAUUAAGUAUUAUGCUUUACUGAUAUUACUUACUUAUAGCCUAGACUAUUUAUCUUUACAACAAUUGUGAUUACUUUCUCAACUGUGUUUAUCCUAACCCAUCCCAUCAACUUUCACUGUGUGAGGAAACCGGAGCACCCGAAGCAAACCCACGACUUUCAGCAGAGGGUUGACUGACUCUUUUCACACGAGUCCGUAUCACCACAGAGUAGAGACAUACAGAGACGUAACUAGUGUACCCACUUUUUUUGUGCGCAUGCUCGGCAAGUUACUAGAUGCAUGCAUCUGAUUGGAUGACAACCUGAUGAAGACUCACUUUAAACUUGCUGAGCACGCGCAGUUGAUCAUUUUUCGCCCGGUCGCCUGAAAAAAAGUGGGUACAUGAUAACGUAAUCUUCCGCAGUGUUUCCAACGGUCAGUUACGUCUCUGUAUGUCUUAUCUACUCUGUGGUAUCACUGAUCUGAAAUAAGACUGGAUAACGCAUCUACAGGGUGUAUCAAAAAAAACUGAACAGAUUUAAAAUUGCUCUCAAUUUCGCAAAACAGCUAUUUGUAUCCGUUUUUUUUUAUAUAUAUAGCUUCUUUGGGUACUUAUAAUGUAAAAUAAUGAAAAAAAUUUCUCGAACUGAAAUUUUGUGAACCAGGGGGGGGUGUCUUUUCCAACAAACUUAAAAUGGCUCGCACACAAAAUUUAAAAGCUGCAAUCAUAUUUUGAGUUAACAGAUGGAAAAUUUGUCAGGAUUUUAAUUACUGUACAAAAUUUCAGACAAUUUGGUUUAGUUUAAGCCCCCUAACUAUUCACGCAAAGUUACAAUUUUCCCGAAAAAUCAGCUAUUUGCAUGCUUAAUUAAUUCAUUUGCCUAAAUUGCAUAUGUCAGCAAUAUGCAAAUUAGGUAAAGGCAUUAAUUAAGCAUUCAAAAGGCUGACUUUUUAGAACAAAAUGAAUAGUUACCUUUAACUAUUCAUUUUGUUCUAAAAAGUCAGCCUUUUGAAUGCUUAAUUAAUGCCUUUACCUAAUUUGCAUAUUGCUGACAUAUGCAAAUUAGGCAAAUGAAUUAAUUAAGCAUGCAAAUAGCUGAUUUUUCGGGAAAAUUGUAACUUUGCGUGAAUAGUUAGGGGGCUUAAACUAAACCAAAUUGUCUGAAAUUUUGUACAGUAAUUAAAAACCCGACAAAUUUUCAAUCUAUCAACUCAAAAUAUUAUUACAGCUUUUAAAUUUUGUGCACGAGCCAUUUUUAUUUUGUUGGAAAAGAUACACCCCCCUGGUUCACAAAAUUUGAGUUCGAGAAAUUUUUUUCAUUAUUUUACAUUAUAUAAGUACCCAAAGAAGCUAUAUAUAUAAAAAACAGAUACAAAUAGGUGUUUUGCGAAAUUGAGAGCAAUUUCAAAUCUGUUCAGUUUUUUUUAUACACCCUGUAUAGUAUACAAAAGUGAAGCCGGAAGUCACCGGCCGCCACCCAAUUUUGGGAACCCACUUUGUAUAGAUUUGUAUUACAGAUGGUAGUUUUUCGCGUUUUUUGCCUUGGCUACGUUUCUGACCGGGCCAGUUUUACAAUCACAAAGAUAGAAGCAUACAAGAAGAACUUUGAGCAGAAAAUUUGGAUGAUUAUGGCUUUAUAACGUCACGAACCGGGAUUUACAAUUUUGACGGAGUGGAGAGCCUCAGGCUCAGACUUUGUUUAUCAACACGAGCUCAUUUUGCUACUUUCAUACCAAAUCAACUCAAAAUACACAAGAAUUACUGUUACUGGACGAAUAUUCUCAGGAAAUUUGAAGAAACUGAAGCAGCUACAUUGUGGACAAAAGCGUACUGAGGUUAGUUUUAAAAUUCCUUGAGGCUACUGGGACUUACGAUCCAAAACAACCUGAAAUGGGAUGAACAUAUCCAUGAAAUAGUCUCGAAGGCAUCCAAACGAUUACAUAUCCUCCGGGUGUUGCGCCGAAGUGGUAUUCCUCCUGCAGACCUUCUCACUGUGUAUAUUGCGUUAAUACGCUCAAUCCUUGAAUACUCUUGUGAAGUUUGGCACAACUCUAUCUCAUGCUAUUUAUCUGACAAACUUGAAAAAAUCCAAAAGCGAGCCUUGUGUAUUGUAUACCCUGAACAAACUUAUAAAGAUGCGUUGCUGCCGGCUGGUAUCACCAAAUUGGAGACUAGCUAGACGUGAAGAGCUAUGUUUGAAGACACUCACGAAGAUAACCAGAAGUGGUACGCUUACACAACACGUGACCCAGACUAGAUCGAACGAGCAUAAUUAUUUUAUUAGAUCAUUAAAUAAUUUAUCAACUUAUAAAUGUCGAACUGAUCGGUUUAAAAAUAGCUUUUUCCCAAAUACAAUUAAUAUUGCUAAUAGUAAACAGUGACUGGCGAGACUUGAUUUUAACUUUGUCCUAACAACCAUUGUAAAUAAUCUUAUAUUAUUAUAGUAUUUUAAUGUAAGCACUUUGUACUUCACUUUAUGUGCGAAAUUGUGCUAUUAAACAUCAUCUUAUCUUAUCUUAUCUUAUCUUACUUUUAUAAUUAUACGAAUUAAAGAACAGUUUUAAAUGAAUUUUGUCAAGAGCAUUCCUUUAUUCAAAUAUUUUUCAUCCAAAUUAUAAACAAUGACUCAAUAUAAUGCUAUUUUAAUUCAUAUAAUUACAAAAGUAGCCUCAAGGUAUUUUAAAACUAACCUCUGUACGUACGCUUUCGUUCACAAUGUAGCUGCUUCAUUUCUUCAAAUUUCCUGAGAAUAUUCGUCCAGUAACAGACCACGUAGCCAAGGCAAAAAACGUGAAAAACUACCGUCUGUAAUACAAAUCUAUACAAAAGUGGGGCUCCAGAAUCGGGUGGCGGCCGGUAACUUCCGACUUCACUUUUGUAUACCAUAAAUGCGUUAUCCAGUCUUAUUUCAGAUCAGUGGUCCGUAUAGCGAGAAUCGAACCCACGAUCUCAGAGGUGAAAGAGAGCUCUGAGGACUGCGCCACCGAAGCCCCCACUUCGGUUGAUACAGGGAUGAAAAAUACUUCAGGCAAAACUUCGAUGUUUCGAGCGAAGGCCCUUCGUAUACUAACUUCCCGACGACUUCUGCCGGCAUUAUUUCUCUCCGAUGUGGUGUGAACGUAGUUUUCCACAAACCAAAACGUUUAUCAUAUCGUGUAGAUGUUUCUAACGUCGUCCGUUUCUGAUACUUCAAACAAAAUGUUUAUUUAGAUAUUAUUGGCAGCGGUGUCACGUUGUUUUCAUUCUUUGGAUUUGUACUGCUGACCAGUGAAACAGAAUGUACUCAUGAUGGUAAGUGUGAUUAAUCCAGUUAAUAGCAAUUUUGAGAUGUUAUCUGAGCGUAAACGUUUAUUUGAUUCAAGCUUUCGACUGCUAGUCUGAAAUCUUCGACAAGUAAAGCAAUAAUGAAUGAAGUUAAUAAUUGUAAUAAUUAUUGUAAAAGUAUAAUAAUUGUAUACAAUUAGAUUAAUAGUUCCGUAAAAACUGAUAAGUAUUUCAGAAUUUUUGUCAGAAUUCAUUUAAGGUGAUUGCAUGCCUUAAGCCAGGAUUGUAAUGUUGCUCUGCAUGUGCCUUGUCAAUUUUUUUUUUCUUUCAAAAUCAUGGUGGUCAUGGGACCAAGCAUGACUGGCUAUGGUCAAGUUUUUAAUGUGUUCCUUUUUCUCGUUUUAAUGGCUCUUCGUCAGAUCUCGCCGUUAACAAUCUCAACAGUUUGAUCAUAUACAUGACCAAAGACCGACCACCUCCCGUUAUAAAUAAUUGUGCCUGUUAAAAAUACGUACAUUUUCCUGGAUGUAUUAUGUAUAUAUGUUACCUAUAUAUGAAUUAUGCAACGUAUGCGUAUUUUAACCCUGUACCCUGGUACUCUGGUGUGCUUUAUCACUGCACCACGGGCGCGCAGGCCAUGUUGCCUGGGUACGAGGUAGUAUAGUUUAACACAGUUUUUAAUGUAAUUAUCGUUAUUUACAACUUACAAGUGACAGCGUGAAAAUAGAAUAUUUCUUUUUCUCUUCAGUGCGCAUGAUUGGUAGUGUGUGUAUAGGUACUGCAGGCGGAUUACUUGUAUACUUACUAUGGUGGUGGACAGGGUAUAGACAUCUUGUGCUUUACAUCUGUGGUUUACCCUUUGGUUUUCUCUUUAGUGCUUUGAUAUUUUUUACUCCAUUUGGUAAGUUGUGUUUUUUUAAAGUUACAUAAAAGUUCAACUACACCAACUUUCUAGACGUGCACGCGCAACUAAUUACAAACGAGAUUUGUAUAAGGUCGUUCGUCCAGCGCCGACAGAGAAACGGCCUUUACAUCUAAAGCUGCGAUAUAACAAACUUCUUUUCCAUAAUAGUUCUGAGUACAUGACAAAUAUGCAUGCUAGUAAAUAAAUUACAGUAUAUAAAAUGAGGAAGUUUUGUAACAACCUCGUACCCAGGCUAUUUUCUCUUGUGCUCUGGUGCCACAGUCUCCCAAAAAGACCCUGGGUACGAGCAUGGUUUUAUAAUUACGAUUUAAAUACAACAUUACAAUUUUAUACGUUUGAUUUACUUAACUUAAAAGGCGGACCAGGCUGACGAAAUUACAUUCCAACUCCCUAAAUGUCUAUGGAUUGUGGAUGUACUAGUUACUCCACGAUCGUCGCCUUUUCCCUGAUUCAAAUAUGAAUUCAACGUUUCGGACAUCGCUUUGUAUAUACGAUACAAUGAUCAGUCAUUCAAAAUCUCCCAUAGCCAUUCCAUUUAAAAUUUAAAAUCUUGCUGCCAUUCCAUUUAAAAUUUCUUCACAAUCCUCAUUUUUCGAUUGUCUACUAUGGCAUGCAGAGGUCAUAAACAGGAAUUUUAAAUACCAAACUACAUGUUGUUAACGUAUAUGACGUCGCUUUUCAAUUAUAUUUCGUUAUUAUUCAAAAAUAGUAGUUUAAAUUAUCACAUAGUUAUCAUUUCUAUGUAGUGAAAAAUUUUAAAUUGAAGAAAAAUUUUGUGAGACGAUACUGGCAAUUCAAAAUAUGAGCGUGAAAAAUCCGACCGGAAUCCGGAUACGAUAUCGCCUUGUGUUGAGUUAUACAACCACAAGGAAUACGUUAUUUAGUAAACAAUGAGUGGAUAUUACCAACUAUAUCAGAUCAUGCAUGUGCAGGGCCGCUGAGAGAUUGCGCGCAUCCUUACAUGCAUUGGGGGAGACCUAAGCCCUCCUGGUAUAUAACCAAAGAUUUGGGCAUUCACUCAUGACUAUAUUAUAGCUAAAACUAGAAAUACAUGCAUGCAACAACCCCUAACCUGUAUUUUCCAAACAUUGUUUCAACAUGAAGUAUUCGUAAUUACGCCAACACUGAACGCAGGCUCGCGUUGCCCACGUCAAUACAUCAUGUUAGUCAUGGCAACACGAUAAAUCGAUAAUUGUUUUUUUAAUUUUUUGUACAAACCGGGAAAUAGAUGAAAUUUGAACACUUUUAAAUACGAACUAUCAAUUUCUAAAAUAUUUUGAGUAGGUAUAAUAUUUUGGUUUCUAUGGGCUUUAUUUUAUUGUAAAAUUCAAAACGAAACUCUACGUAAAACGUUUUUAAAUGUGAAUUGAAAUUAACUGCUUUUUGCCGAUAUUUAUAAACUUCUCAACUCGAGCUUCAACUUCUUACUCGCACUUUGAAAUGAAACAAAUUUAAUUCGUACAGAGCGCUAAUGAAAAUAAUUUGCUUUCCUUUUUAUCAUGAACUUCUACAAAAGUUAAUUUAACUAAGAAACUUUCACAAACAAUGCAUAGGAAAGACUUGAACAUCAAGAACAAAGUCUAUAUUAUUAAAUACAAAGUCAUACACAAACAAUUGAAACAAACUUGCCCCAUACUUUAGGAUUUAUCAUACAAUAUCAAUUCUUAUCAAUGUUUACGUUUAAAAAUUGCAAAGAAGUUGUACAAUUUGUUAUAUGAAACUUCUUCACUCCUGACAAACAGCCAUAUUUUGAGAUCAGUGAUGACCACCCACUCAACACCGUUGGUGAGCGCCCGCGAUCAUUGAUGAACUUUAGACUUCGCUAAUGCUUUCGUUUCCCCGGGUGUAAAUAGCCGGGGGGAAUUAGUACCCUCGUACGGCGCGAAGCGUCGUCGGCUCGGGGAUAAAUAGUGUCUGCAGUGAGAAGUCUAGUAGAGAUUAGAGGUGUCAAUGCUGCCGUCCGUUUGGCCAAGAGUAAGUCUGUAUUUCUAUAAUUUUAUGUUGAUGUUUCUUAUUAGGAAAUUUACAUUACUGGAAGAAUGAUGUUAACUACUGGACAGUUUUCUUUUGUAUGUCAAUUACAGUUCCAUGCCUUUUUCUUCUCUUUUUAAAAAUGGUAAGACUUAUUAUUGGCACCGUGUUUCCGCCACAAUACUUGGGCAAUGGGGGAAGCUGCCCCCAUGGCAUCCCCGGGUACUUUAUGUAGCACGACCUCCAUGUUUGUUUUAUUUUUAAACAAUCUUUUGCCAUAACGUGAAGACUGGCUUUAAGCUGAUUAAUUGACUUUUAUAAGUCCCAUUGUUGAUCCACCAAUCAUCAGUUUGUUUUGAACUAACUGCACUAAAAUCAACCAAUUACAGCCGAGUAACAUCUUUAUGUAUAUUAUUAUCAUAGUAGUUGACAUAUAAAAUUUACUACUCGGAAUUUCGCUAUCAACUGCUUUUAGAGUUCCAAUUUCGUGACUAGUAUAAUUUGAUUCAUCCUCUAUAAUAUAUCCAGGAAUAUAAUUGUAUUCUGACUCACAUUGAGAACUAUGAGUGCUUUCCGAAUCCUAGCUACUGCGUGACAUGCUGGAAAAUAUAUAAAAUGUAUAAUGCGCGUCGAAAUUAAGUCCCUUAAGCUACGUCACACCACGCUCGUCCCAGACUCUUGUUCAUACGCGACAAUUUUACGAAAAUCGCUGUUGAGAGCCUCGUAUCUCGCGAAUGAAAAGAGAGAACGGAAAAAUGUUAAAGAACCUAUUAACUAACUUUUUGUUCUCUACCAAUUAUCAAAAAAAGUUUUUGUGACAUAAGCACUUUAAUUAGCAACAUGAGGAGCAAUUUUUUGUUCAAAUAAAGAUUGAGAAGAAUGGAGAUUCCUCUAAUUUGGUCUGGGAUGAAGUUCCAUAUUUCUGCCUCAACAAACAUGAAACUCUUGUUAUUGUGCGAGGCUGUGGCAAAAAGUGUGUUGUUUGAUUGUCACUUAGAUGGUCAUUAGGAUGCAUUUAACAUUUUCCAAAACUGCAAUUCUCGCAUUCUUGGCGGCGCGGUAAAUGCUUUACAGUUCAUAGAAGAAAGCGUCAUGUAUCCAAUUAACAAAACAAAUAUCACUAAUAAGAUUUUUAUUUUCUUUACAUAGUUCGCCAUAUUGGUGAGUUCGUUCGUUGGAGCUUAUGGACUCGUCGUAGGUACAGUGCACUUAAAAGUAUUGUGAUUAAUCUGACAAAUUAUGACGCAUGUAUUCUUUCUAUUCGACCUGCAUGGGUUUGACUUUCAUGUGUCGAUUGAGUCGAUACAAAGCGAAUCAUGAAAUCCUUAUGUAUAUUUUUAUGUUCUAAAUAAAUGUAAAACCCCCGAAACCUUGUACCCAGGCUCGUUCCACUACGCUCCUCGCUGAAGGAAAGACCCUGGUCCAGGCUGGUCACGUGUCUCCCAGAUUUUGGGAGAUAACAAAAUUUUUACAAAAGGGUGGGGGGCUACGUUUGGAUUACCGAUUUAGUUGCCGAUCAAGAUGCCGAUAUCAAUUCGAUAAAGUUCAAAGCGGGUGUAAUUUAUUUAACAAAUACAUCUUCUAAUUUUAAUGAAUAGCAACAGUUUCUGUUGCAAAAUCAGUGGGUGAGAUGUCUUUGUAUAUGUAUAUGUAUUUUUUGUGGAUUGCAUCUGCGGUCUGGGAGACACGUGACCACAGCCUGGACCAGGGUCGUCCCUCCAGCGAGGAGCGUAGUGGAAAAAGCCUGGGUACGAGGUUGAAAAGCUCGUACCAUUUCAACUGUUUGCUUUCAGCUAUCAGUCGCUAAUGCAACCUUUCAAUGGUGUUCUGUUUGAUAUCAUGGGAAUAUUUGAUACGAAAAACAUUUCUGACGCAUUAUAUAUAUUUAUGGUAUUUACGUUAACUUUGAGAUAUAAAUAUAAACAGCGUAGUUUGGAAACGCAAUAACACCGGUUCGGUAAUCUCCCCCGCUAUCUCAAAUGUUUUUGUUUCCCAUCGCCCUUUGAGAUCACGGGGUUCUUAAGUGUUGUUUUGGGACAUAUUAUAUUGAUUUCAUUUGUUGGGCAGGGAUUACAGUAUUACACAAGCUCGUUUUUCGACAAAUUUUCUUUGACAACUGUUUCUGAAAUUUUUCAAAUUUAAAUUCGCUUUGUAUAUAAUUUGGCAAACAAAAUUUAUGAAUUGGAAUUGGUCAUAUAUGUACCAAUUUACAUAUAUGAUUAAUUUAUUGCUUAUAUACACUGGAAAAAUUAUUUGCAAUGGACCAUUCCCCCAAUUAAGCAACAUUUUGAACUCAACAAGUCUAGACAAAAAUUUCAUCACAGCUUGAAAGAGCAUCACAAAAUUAGUAAUAUUCCAAACUUUCGUUGCAAAAUGUUGUAAAGUGCGGAUAAUAUAGCCUUGCGAAGUUUGCAAUUUUCAGUUAUUUUAGAUUACAAACGGGAAAUGGUUACCACUUCUGUGCGUAAUACAAAAUGACUGAAAAUUACAAACUUCGCCAGGCUAUAUUAUCCACAUUUUACAACAUUUUGCAACGAAACUUUGGAAUAUUACUGAUUUUGUGAUGCUCUUUCAAGCUGUGAUGAAAUUUUUGUUUAGGCUAGUUACGAUCAAAAUUUUGGAAAAGUGGUAACCAUUUCCCGUUUGUAAUCUAAAAUGACUGAAAAUUGCAAAUUUCGCAAGGCUAUAUUAUCCGCAUUUUACAACAUUUCGCAACGAAACUUUGGAAUAUUACUAAUUUUGUGAUGCUCUUUCAAGCUGUGAUGAAAUUUUGUCUAGACUUGUUGAGAUCAAAAUUUUGGUUAAUUGGGGGAAUGGUCCAUUCACUAAAUCCAUAGUAUAUCCAUACUAUUUCCAUACUAUUUGCAUACUAUAUCCAUAAAUUAGUAUGAAAAUUGGAUUUCCAUACCAUUUCCAACUAAAAUCCAUACUAUUUCCAUAGUUAGGAUUUUGAAAAUAAAUUCCAGUGACAGUUGCCUGACUAGUUUACUUCAUUUGUUUGAAUUUGAUUUGAUUCGCUCUGCUUUGAUAUGUAGGUAUUGAUGUGUUUCUGAAGUCAUCCAUGACGUACAUUAUACUCAAUGUUAUUAUGAAAGCCACUGUGGAUGAUUUUGUUAAGUACGACAUACCAUUUCAGUCAAAAG